ACAGCAACAUCAGUUGCGCAUCUACGACCUUGCACGCGAGAAGUCAACAAACGGCUUGGACGGCCCGCCCAGCCUGAGGGACGCGUGGGGAACGUCUGUCUGUGAGGUUAGACUGGACAGAGGUGCACAUAGUUUAUUGUGUCACAACCAAGGUUGAAGAGCCAAACAUGUCACCCACUAGAGUGCUGCAUGUGAACACUCCACUCAUCAUGGAAUGUUCAGUGGAGGAGUUAUCAGAGGUGCAGCUUCGGCAUUUUAACACAGCAAAGAAGACAUAUCAAGACGCUAUCAAGAAGGCAAACCGCCUGUUGCUCUCCCAGCCGACGCCCGCAGUGGUACCGCCGCCGCCGUCGCCGCCGCCGCCGCCGCCGGCUGCCGUUGAUUCCAGCGGUGACGAGGCAAUGCCGUCGGCACCGUCGCCGUCACCGCCGUCACCGGUGCCGCUGCCUGUGAUGGCGACGGCGCAGGUGCCGCGUCCCGUGCCGUCACGCGCCUUGCCUCUCGCCGAGAGUAGCCCCUUCACAGGCGCUAACCUGUCGUCGGAGAUCCCGCCGCCGCAACGAAUCUCGCUGUCCACGCCGCAGCCGCUGGAGAAGCGCGUGGCGGUCCGCACCGCGUCGAUACCGACAUCGGCUCCCGAGCAGCCAGCAGCAGCCUCACAGCCGGACGCCGAGGUGACAAUCGCGGAGGAGGUACCCGCGGCGUCGGCCCGGCGCGCGUCCGUCGACAUUCCCGUCCACGAGAUGCAGGUGAAGACGUACCCGGCGCUGCACGUGCAGCUCCGCACGCCCUACUCGCUCACGCCGGCCUCCAAGACCAACUACCCGUCUCGGCGCUCCCAGCUCGACAUCCGCGUGAAGCGCGUGCUGCUGCACACGCCGAGCCAGUUCACGGAGUGGCUGAUCCAGGUGCGGCUGGUGCGCGCCGUCCAGUUCUGCCCCACCCACCGGGUCACGUGGUCCGGUCAGCCCCGCCAGCUGCGGCUCGGCAUGUUUACCGACUCGGACAAGCUCUCGCAGUCAGGAGGCUACGUCUGGGUGAAGAACUGCUGCCGGCCCAAGUACCUGUCGGUGCACUACGGCUCGUUGUUCGACGUCACCCGCCUGCUGCUGCCGACGACGGCGCCGGUGCAGGUGCUGAAGCUGAUGUACCACUGGUCGUGCCAGACGCCGCUGCACAACGUUACCCAGUGGCUGAAGUUGCGCCCGAUGCUGGUGGACGAGGUGUUUGGCCUGCUACGCGCCGUCUGCAUGCUCAAGAUGGAGGAGCCGGUGCCCAAGCUGGGCGGCUCGGGCCACACCGUCCAGGUGGGCCUGGUCUCGCUCGGCACCUCCGGCCCCGACGGUGUCAACAAGAACGUCAAGGUGGAGGUGCUCGGCGUCAAGGACGAGUCGUCGGGAGAGAUCCGCCUCGUCGGGUUCGAGCCGCGCAUCAAGAACCGGAUCCGCGCUGUGGUGGGAGCCGUGCAGGACUGGGUGCACCACGACUCGAGCUUGCUGCUGGACCACAGUAUCAGCCCGCUGCCCUUCAGGAACAACUUUCGAGCGGUGACCAACGCGCCCAGCCUCAGCAAGGACACCUCCGGCAACAUCAUGCACUUCCUCCGGCGUACCAUGCCGAGAAUGUUUCAGAUGUCGCUGGUGUACCUGCCGGCGGCCGUCAUCUGCCAGUUUAUUGCUGAGAUCACGUGGCGCGAGAAGUACGGCCGCGACCCCAACAGCACCUUCGGUAACCUGAUCGCGCACCUCGGACACGUGACGCAGCAGUGCGAGGGCUCGUUGAUCGAAAUGCUGAAGAAGGUGCUGGUCAGCCCCUCGAUGGACUUGAAGAGGAAGCCCAGGAAACAGACCCUGGCGAGCCGGCCGGACAGCCAGCCGGAGUCCGCCACUGCUGUCGGCUGA